AUGACCUACAGCUGCUGUUCUGGAAGCUUCUCCUCUAGAUCCUACGGAGGUCAACUACACUACCCCUACUCCUCCUGUGGCUCUUCCUACCCCCGACACCUGAUCAACAGCUCUAACUUCUGCUCUCCCAGGAUCUUCCAUCUGGGCUCCUCUCUCCAUAGUGGCUGUCGUCAGCACUGUUUCCAGCCCGUCAGAUGCCAGACUUCUCAUGUGGUACACACCUCCCGCCAGCGGCCUUGCUAUCUCCCAAGGGUCUCCAGCUUCUGCCGCCCCUGUAGGACCACAUAUGCUGGCUCUCUGGGCUUUGGGUCCAGCAGUUGCCACUCCCUGGGCUAUGGGUCAAGGAGCUUCUAUACUUCAGGAUGUGGCUCCAGUGGCUUCAGACCUUUGAGUUAUGGAGUCCGUCGUUACCCUUGCUCUGGCUAUGGAUCUGGAUUCUGCCACCCAACCUAUGUGAUCUCCAGAAACUUCCAGUCUUCUUGUCACAGGCCCACGUGUGGAUCAGCCAUCUACAGAUCAAGUUGCUGA